AUGACAGUCCGCCAAUACCUAGACUCAUUCAUAUCAUUCUGCCCAUAUAUUGAAUUGUUUAUCAGUGUACCAUGUAUAAUCAUCAAUAUUUAUUGCGCAAUACGGUUGGCCAAUUUGAACACAUUUAAUAACAACUUUCGGAUUAUUAUGGUGAGUUCAAGAAUACAAGUUUGUAAGGUUUAAUUACACUGUGGGUAACAUAAAUUUAGUAGGUUAUAAAAAUGAUUUUAAACUUAUUUUUAAAUCUGCAAGUUUUAAACAUUAUGAAUUUAGAAUUUUUAAAUCAAAAUAUACGGUUUUUAAACUCUGCAAGCUGAGAAUGACAUGAUAUACGAUAAAAAGUGGUGAGUCAAAGAUAAAGAAGGUUAUGUUGAUGCUAGGGUUAGACUGGAGCUAAGGCUAGGCUGAAGUUAGGCUAAACUGAAGAUAGUACUAGGCUGAAACUAGAGUUUGGCUUAGUUUAAGGCUAAGGAAAAGCUAGGGCUUGGAUUAAGCUAGUGCUAGGCUGAUGUAAGAGCUAGGCUGAUACUAAGGCUAGACUGAAGGCAAGGGUAAGCUGUGGCUACCACUAGACUAAAGCUUCACUAGGGUUGAAGCUACAUAGAGUAGGGCUGUAGGCAGGAUUAAACUGACGCUAAGGCUAAGCUGAAGCUAGAAAUAAAGCUCAGCGCCAAAGCUAGUCUAAAGCUAAGUCAAGGCUGAAACUAAAGUCAGGUUGAAAUCAGAGCUAGCCUGGACUAAAGAAUAGGCUGCUAAAUAGAACUGAGAUAGGGCUAAAGCUCUGGGCUAUUCUAAGGUUGAAGUAAAACUUUUUUAAAUUUUUGUUUUAGGUAAUAUCAAACUUCUUUGGAGCAGGAGUAUCUCUUUUUCACCCAUUAGUGACUAUGAUACCUCCAGAGUACGUGUCAUAUCAAAAUGGGUACUACUUUCGAGGAACGUCUUUCUAUGUUAUCGCGUUUAUUCACCAUUGGUGUGUUGUCAUAUUCGAUAUCAAGUUCUUUAUUCUUGGCUUCGAGCGAUGGUUUGCCUUCAAAUCAAGAGCAACAUACGAAUAUAGCCAUGAUAGUACUAGUAUCAAGAUAUAUCUUUGUAUUGUAAGUUUUUUGAGCUUUAUAGUCUACGGGUUUCGUGUUAUUUUGAUCGGUGCUUCUAUGUUUAGAUUUUUUGAUGUUUAACAUGACUGUUACUACAGUAAAAAAAUAUUACUACACUAUAACUAUGAUACGACUUACAGUAAAACUUAUAGUGACCAUAAUUUCAGAUCUUCACAGCCUUUUGCGGCCUAACAGCUAAAAUAAUAUCAUACGUUAAAUUUCAUCACAAUGAUACAGUCGAUAUGACAUUGCAGAAGGCAUUUGUGGUCGAUAAUGACCUACCAACAUUGUUAGCAGCUCAUGUCAUGGCGUUGAGUGGUUGGACGUAUGCGAUGACAGUAAGUGAAAAUAUUUUGUAUUUUUUUUAAAAUUUUUUAAAUUAUUUUAAAAUUUUAUUACGUCAUUUUUAGCAAAAAAUAUGUUAUGACGAAAUGCCACAAAGUUAUUAGAUCACGAAGUGUCACAAUAUUUAUUGGGUUUUUAAAAUUAGCAAAAAUGUAAAAGAACUGAAGUUUUUGAAUGUUUUUACUCUUCAUAGUAUAUUAGGCUUUGUCUGUGGUUUUAACGAAAUGUCACAAAAAUUAUUGAGUAGUACUGACAAAAUGUCACGAAAAGAAUUGGAUUUUUAAAAUUGUUAAAAAAGCAAUAUAAUAACUUUCACUAACGAUGUUUUUUGUUUUUUUUUUGUACAUAAGGUUUUUUCCGUGAUUUUGACGAAAUGUCACAAAAUUAUCGAUUUUACUCAAAACUUAAAAAGGCUUUUAAAAUGCUUUAUUUUGAUUUUGCAAUGCAUUUUGAGCUCUCCUAAACUUUUUUUACACUAUUGGGGUUGUAACGAAGUGUCCAAAAAAUUUUGAUUUUUUUAAAAUUUAUUUUUGAGCUUUUUUACUGGCAUGACAGUUAACAAGACAAUCACAAGUAAAAGUAAACUAAACUAAACUAUAAAAAUGUUUACAGUAAUGUAAAUAAUUCCAGAUAUUCCGACAAGUAGAAAGACAAGCAGAAGAAAACAGAUUCCGAGCCCAGACAUUAAGUGAAAGUUAUCAGAUCAAAGAGACGAUCAACAUAAUCAGUGUUAUUGGGCCAAUUAUACGGGCUUAUAUUACUCUCGUGUUGCUGUGUGGCACCUUUCUUAGUGUCAACUUGUACUGUAUAUAUUAUGGGUACUGGUCGAUGAGUAGUAUCUACUAUCAGAGCUUAACUAAUGUAAGUUCAUUUUUUGGCUCGAUUUUGAUGUUUAGGUAGUAAAAAGAAGAUUAGGGUAGUGUAGGGCAGGGUAGAGUAGGGUAGGGUAGGGUAAAGUAGGGUAGGGUAGGGUAGGGUAGGGUAGGGUAGGGUAGGAUAGGGUAGGGUAGAGUAUUAACUUUUAUGGCAUUCUCUUGUUGUUUUGCUUUGUUUCUUUAAAAAUUGUUAUUCUGCAGGCUGCGCGUGCCAUAUUAUACGAUGAAAGGUGUUUUUACAUUUUAUUUUUAAUUUAAAAAAAUGAAAAGCAGAGUAGAAACGGACUUUAAAAAGAUAUAAAUGUAAAAUAAGAUCAUUUAAAAAAAAAUUUUUUUUUAAUUUUAGUUUGAGUACAUAAUGAUAAACACCUACAACUUCUACUCUAGCUCAUAUAUGAUUUGGUAUCUUCGACCGCUACGAAAGGUGUUUCUAAAUGACUUAAGAUCAUGUUUUAACUGUUCUAUUGACAUCGACAAUCAAGUAGAUACCACGGUCAAGAGGUUCGACGAUGAAGCAAAGAUCUACUUUGAUCAGCUUCAAAAUCAGUGGCUUUGA